AUGGUUUCACGACUUAGUUUUUCGGCAGUUUCACGAUUGUUUGGUUCAAAUUGUGUAUCUACAUGUGCUCCCAUUUCAUCGAUUGCUUAUCAAUAUCGAUCAGCAUCAACCAAUCCGAAUCUCAAUGAAGUAGUUAUAGUCAGUGCUGCUCGAACACCAAUUGGUUCAUUUCGUGGAAGUCUUGCUUCUGUAUCGGCACCUAAACUUGGUGCUGCUGCUAUAAAAGCAUGUUUAGAACGUGCAAAAAUACCUGCCAAUCGUGUACAAGAAGUUUAUAUGGGUAAUGUUGUUCAAGCUGGUGUUGGUCAAGCACCAGCACGACAAGCAGCACUCUAUGCAGGUUUACCACAAGAAACACUUUGUACAACAGUAAAUAAAGUAUGUGCAAGUGGUAUGAAAGCUAUUAUGAUAGCUUCACAAAGUCUUAUGUGUGGUCAUCAAGAUAUUAUGAUCGCUGGUGGUAUGGAAAGCAUGUCAAAUGCACCUUACUAUUUUCCACGAGGUGAUACACCUUAUGGAACUCUUCAAUUAGAAGAUGGUAUUGCUAAAGAUGGUUUAACUGAUGCUUAUGAUCGAAUUCCAAUGGGUUUAUGUGCAGAAAAAACUGCAAAAAAAGAAAAUCUUAGUCGUGUAGAUCAAGAUACUUUUGCUAAACUAUCUUAUGAACGAACAGCUAGAGCAUGGAAAGAAGGAAAAUAUAAAGCUGAAAUUGUUCCAAUAACUGUUACAACAAAAAAAGGUGAAGUGAUUGUAAAGGAAGAUGAAGAAUAUAGAAAAGUUGAUUUCGAAAAAAUGAAAACAUUAAGAACUGCCUUUCUAAAAGAUGGAACAAUAACAGCAGCAAAUGCAUCGAAAAUUAAUGAUGGUGCAGCUGCUUGUUUAUUAAUGACACGUCAAGCUGCUGAUGAACUGGGUUGUAAACCAUUAGCUCGAAUAAUUGGUAAAAAUUUUAUUCUAACAUUUAACUUGGCACAAGUUGAUCCUGUAGUUUUAUUUGAUGCUCCAGUUCAAAAGAAAGUAACUGAUCGUGCAACAGAUAUUGAAAAAACAAUAAAACGUGAGGUAGUCAAAUGUCAAACAUUAAUUAUUUGGACUGAUUGUGAUCGUGAAGGAGAAAAUAUUGGAUAUGAAAUAAUUAAUUUAUGUCGACCAUUAAAAACAGGUUUAAAAAUUUAUCGAGCUCGUUUUUCCGAAAUAACAUAUGAUAGUGCAGUACGUGCUUUAUCUAAUUUAACACAACCUGAUGAACGUGUUAGUGCUGCUGUUGAUGUUCGUCAAGAACUUGAUUUACGUAUAGGUGCAGCAUUUACACGUUUUCAAACAUUACGUUUACAUCGUUUAUUUGGUUUUGAUUCAAAACAAAUAAUUAGUUAUGGUUCAUGUCAAUUUCCUACAUUAGGUUUUAUUGUUGAACGUUAUCUUCAACGAGAAAAUUUUAUACGUGAACCAUUUUGGAAAAUAACUGUUGAACAUCAAACUGAUAAUGGUGAAUUUUGUGAAUUUACAUGGGAACGUAAUCGAUUAUUUGAACAUCAACCAUGUUUAAUGAUUUAUGAUAUGAUUAUGGAUGAACCAUUAGCAAGAGUAAUGGAUAUUAAAUCAAAAAAUAAAUCAAAAUGGAGACCUACUGCACUUGAUACUGUUGAAAUGGAAAAACUUGCAAGUAGAAAAUUACGUAUGACUGGUAAAAAAACAAUGGAUAUUGCAGAAAAAUUAUAUAUGAAAGGUUUAAUUAGUUAUCCACGUACAGAAACAAAUAUAUUUCCAUCGGAAAUUAAUCUUAAUCCACUUGUUCAAAAUCAAAUUAGUGAUCAACGUUGGGGAAUAUUUGCUCAACGUGUACUUAAUGAUGGACCUCGACCACGUAAUGGAAAAAAUACUGAUAAAGCUCAUCCUCCUAUUCAUCCAAUACGUUAUCCUGAUGGACAAUUAACAGAUGAAGAAAAUAAAUUAUAUGAAUUAAUUGUUCGACAUUUUCUUGCUUGUGUUUCAAAAGAUGCUCAAGGUGAUGAAACAACAAUUAAAAUAAAUAUUGCAAAUGAAAAUUUUCAUGCAUCUGGUUUAAUUAUUCGUGAAAGAAAUUAUCUUGAUGUUUAUAUUUAUGAUAAAUGGUCAGAAAAAGAAUUACCACAUUAUGAAUUAAAUCAAACAUUUUAUCCAACAAAAAUUGAAAUGAUUCAAGGUGAAACAUCACCACCACAAUUAUUGACUGAAGCUGAUUUAAUUGCUUUAAUGGAAAAACAUGGAAUAGGUACGGAUGCAACACAUGCAGAACAUAUAGCAAAAAUUCAAGAACGACUUUAUACAAAAAUGAAUUCUGAUAGAAGAUUUGAACCAGAAAAAUUAGGCCUUGGUUUAUGUGAAGGUUAUGAUAAAAUGGGUCAUGCUUUAUCGAAACCAUAUCUUCGUGCUGAACUUGAAAAUCAACUAAAAGCAGUUUGUGAAGGAAGAGCAAAUCCAGCUGGUAAGUAA